AUGGAAGAAGCGGAUGAAAACAAUGCGGGAAGAGAAAUGAAAAGAGACAUCAACGAUGCGGAGAUUGAGAGUGAUGGAGAAUGGAGGAGGACGGAUGACGGACAAAAAGUUGGCCCAUAUCCGUUCCGACUGAGGGAAACCUGCUGGGAUUGCUUCUCCUUUCACUUUAUACUAUCACUGCUAAUGUUAGCGAUAUCGACAAAUGACACCCGGAUAUGGCUGGACCACAUCAUCGCCAACACUUCGCUAGGCCGACGCAUGUUAUAUCGGCUUGACCUGAACAGUCUACGCCAUACCUAUUACCUGAUUACACCGAAUGAAACGAUGUUCGGGAGUGAGCACGAAGUGCCCAACUACACUGCCCAGGUCAGUCUUUGGUGGUUCUUGUUUAUCAUACUCGAAUUUUGCUUGCUGUUUUUACGUGGACAUAACGAUCGAUUUGCCCUCAACGAUUCUAUUACAUCAAUUUCUGCCGGUAUUCUCUCACAGUGUUUCAAACCACAAUACAGCAGUGGAGAGGAAGGAGAAUUGCGAGAGAUUGAAGAUUAUGAGCAGAUUGGAUUUCUUUGGGGACUUCAUACGAUACAUCAUAGUUCUGAGUAUUUUAACUAUACAACAGCUUUACGACAAGCUGCUAUUCAAGAUGUUGGACUUGCCAUCUACGAUGUUCUGCAGGCAUUUUUCAUACCGCCAUCAAUAUUUCUGGUUCACCGAUACUUUAGCGAGAUCUAUCAAUUCACAUUGCAUACCACCUUAUUUGAUAACUACGGUAAGCUGGGAAUUAUCCUUAAUACGCCAUCUCAUCACCGUGUUCACCACGGUCGUAAUCCAUAUUGCAUUGAUCGUAAUUAUGCAGCGGUGUUCAUCAUAUGGGAUAAAAUGUUUGGUACCUUUGAGCCGGAACGUCAAUUUGAAAAACCGUUUCACACAUUGUAUGAGUUGUUAUUUGUCAAGUGGAGAAUGAAGACGGAAAAAGGCGAAUGGAUGUUCCGAGGAAUUGAAAAGUUGAAGGCCAUUUACUAUCCACCAAUAUACAUGCCUGGCAUGAAAGUACGACGCUACUUCCAUUGGUUUUCAAUGGUUGACCACGAGGAAGGCAUCCCAAUGGUUGAAAAUGAAGUAAUCCGUUACAAUCCAGAAAUUCCUACCUGGAAAAAGAUAUACUGUUUCGGACAUUUCCUACUCCUAUUAGCCGCAUUUUUCCACUUCGAAUUCGAUCGCAGUCAGAUGUCCUACUUCACCUUCAAUCUCAAAUUGGCGUUCUUCGUCACAACGAUCCAAUGUCUGGGAGCUUUUUUCGACCGCAAGAUCUAUGCCUCAUAUCAGGAAAUUUUGCGAUGUGUGGGUGUAACGGCGUACUACUUCCACAUUAUCACCGAUCCUUUAGGUGUACAACCAAAUAGGCUAUUCAUGGUUGCAACUUAUAUGUCAAGCGCAGUAUUCUGGAGUGCCCAUAUCGUAUUACAUAUCGGUACAGUACCCCAUGAAAAUACUGAAAAAAUCAGCAAAAUGAAACAGAUUUCAUCAAUUCAGGCAAGUGAUAAAGUUUACCAUUUCAAAACAAACCAAAAAUUUUAUGUCAUUUGGGAACUUGCUAGAUUAUUUUAG